CAGAGUCCUGUGAAUGAACAUCAGCUUAAACAUGAAGGGCGUUCAUUUUCCUGUAAUGUGUGCAACAAAUCAUUCAGUCUGAAUAGUGGUCUGAAGAGACAUAAACGCAUACACAGUGGUGAGCGUCCUUAUACCUGUGAUGUUUGCAAAAAAUCAUUUGGGCGGAGGAGUGAUCUGAAGAGACAUCAGCACAUACACAUUGCAGAGCGUCCUUAUACCUGUGAUGUGUGCAAUAAAUCAUUCAGUGAAAGGGAACACCUGAAAACACAUCUGCGCAUACAUAGUGGGGACCGGCCACAUUCUUGUGGCGUGUGUAACAAAUCAUUCAGUACAAAGAGAGUUCUGAAAAUACAUCUGCGCAUACACAGUGGUGAGCAGCCUUAUUUCUGUGAUGUAUGCCAUAAAUCAUUCAGUACUGGGGAACAGCUGAAAAAACAUCAAUAUAUACAUAGUGGAGACCGUCCAUUUGCAUGUGAUGCAUGUAAUACAUCAUUCAGUCAGAAGAGUCAUUUGAAGAUACAUCAACGCAUACACAGUGGUGAGCGUCCUUAUACCUGUGAUGUGUGCAAUAAAUCAUUCAGCAGAAAAGGGGAUCUGACGAUACAUCAACGCAUACACAGUAGUGAGCGUCCUUAUUCCUGUGACGUGUGCAAUAGGUCAUUCAAUAGGAAGGGGGACCUGAAAACACAUCAGCGUAUACACAGUGGUGUGCGUCUGUAUUCCUGUGUUGUGUGUAAUAAGUCAUUCAGUCGGAAGAGUCAUUUGAAGGAACAUCAACGCAUACAUACUGGAGAAUGUCCAUAUUCGUGUGAUGUGUGUAAUAAAUCAUUUGGGCGGAGGAGUGUUCUGAAGAGACAUCUACUCAUGCAUAGUGAAGAAGGCUCCAAUGUCUUGUGAUAUAAUUAAUAAUUCAAUUGGAGUAAUUGUCCGAAGAGACGUUAAAGCAUCAUGAUCUGAAUAAUCAUCGGUGAUGUAUAGUAUGUGGUGUGAAUGGAGAAAUGUGUUGCAGCAAAGAAGAAAGGUUUGGUUAAAAAACUAGUGAAACUGAAGUGCUUUAAGGAUUCUAGCAAGACUUACAUUAGUUUUUAUGAACACACUUGUGUAAAAAUAGAUUUCUUGAGUUUAGAUGAUUUUUUACAGAAAAAGUAUUUUUUAAUGGCUGAUCAGUAUGUUGUGUUAUAAAAGGCUUCACCAUUUCAGUCUCCCGAGUUAUGUGUAGAAAGAAGGAAUUAGAAGUGUGUGAAGCAUCUCGUGUCUGACCAGCCACUGACCAAAAAUAAGAGAUUUUUGAGCCUGCAUCCAGUGAACAGGUUCUUAUUCAACAUUGUUCUUUUUUUACAUUAAUGAAUCAACAAAAUUAAAUAAGUCAUAAUCACCCUUCAUUAUGUUUUGUCCAACUUGUGUUAAUUCUAUUCAGAUUUGCAGAGCUAUUCAGUUUCACAAUUUAUUCUAAAGAAUUAAAUUUUGUGUGACGUCCACUGUGUAUAUAUUGGUGUGGUCAUAACUCCUGUCUAAAAAAAUUCUAUGGGAAGACUGACCACCUCGCCUUUUUCGUCUUCACUCUCCUUUUACCUUAUUAUGAGCAAGACUGUGGCAGUGAAGGCGUUUCUGGUUUGUAGGAAAUA